CGCACAGAUACGCGCCUUACGUCAUUACGCAUUUCCUGUUCUCUGCGACGUCCCCCCUCUUCUGCUCAGCACCGCGCCGUGAAGUAGAUGUUUUGGUGAUAAAAAUACGGUGUCAAAAGGGGACGGUAACACCUUCAAAACAUGACAUUUAGACCGAGGGGGAGCUAAAGCGGCGUCGUGAGGGAACGCGGGGAGUCUGUUGAGAAGGUUUCGGGUUAUUUUUGUGUGAUUUUCCUCCGCAUGUCCGCUUUCUUCGUAGAUGGUCUCCGGCGAGCGUUGUCUAGCGGCGGACGACGAGUUCUUGACGAGUAAUAUGAAGGAGAUGAUCGGGGGCUGCUGUGUGUGCUCCGAUGAGAGAGGCUGGGCAGAGAACCCGCUGGUUUACUGCGACGGCCACGGCUGCAACGUCGCCGUGCAUCAAGCCUGCUAUGGCAUCGUGCAGGUCCCCACUGGUCCGUGGUUCUGCAGAAAGUGCGAGUCCCAGGAGAGAGCGGCCCGUGUGAGAUGUGAGCUGUGUCCCCACAAAGAUGGAGCUCUCAAGAGGACGGACAACGGAGGCUGGGCUCAUGUGGUUUGUGCCCUUUACAUACCUGAGGUAGAAUUUGCCAACGUGUCCACUAUGGAGCCGAUAGUCCUGCAGUCUGUGCCACAUGAGCGCUACAACAAGACGUGCUACAUCUGUGAGGACCAGGGCAGAGAGAGUAAAGCAGCCACUGGAGCUUGUAUGACCUGCAACAAACAUGGCUGCCGGCAGGCCUUCCACGUCACAUGUGCCCAGUUUGCGGGGCUGUUAUGUGAGGAACAAGGAUCGGACGCAGACAAUGUCAAGUACUGUGGAUAUUGCAAAUACCACCACAGCAAAUUGAAACACAAGGAGAGAGACCGGCACAAACCCAAACACAAGAAGACCCCCAUGGACAUGUCUCCCUCCCUUGUCCUUCCAAACAUCAUGGUCCCAGAGAAGCCCUACAACAGCAGCAGCUUAGGGGGAGGCGUCCCCUCCCUGCCCGCGUCCUCACAGAAGAGACUGGACGACGGCAGCGCCCGCUUCACCACCGCCAAUUUCCAGGAAGUGUCGUCUGCUCUCUCGGGCGGUGGCGGCGGUGAAGGCCUGGCUGUGGACGCCGGGAAGGUGGCGUCAGAGGCGAAGAACAAGAAGAACAGUGGCGUGAGUCACGUGGUGGGACCGAGAGGCGGCCGCAAGUCUCUCACCUCCUCAGGGAAACCCCUCCCAUCCGCUGUCGUCACCAUGGCAACUUCUUCCACAUCUGCCUCUGCGUCUACCGGGCCUUUCCACCAAGGGCUCCUGUUGACCAAUGCGAGCAAAACACCCUCUGCCUCCUCCUCCUCAGACUUCUUAAGUUUCUCAGAUCCAUCGUUGCGUCCCGGGGGCGGGACUACCUUCUCCUCCCCGCCGUCAUUCAGCAGCUGCCUUGUUAAGCCGAGCUCAGAGGGCGGAGCUUCUGAGGGGACCACGACACUGUUUGGUUCUCUCAUGUCAGCCACGACAGCAUCCGCAGUGGGCGGGAAGCUGUAUGAGAAUUCCCACAGUCACACAGCGAGUGAGACGACAAGCCUGAGUGGGUCCGCUGGCUACAAACGGCCCCCACCCUCUGGCUCGGGGCCCGGGAUCGGAGGAGCCGCCGCAGGAGGAGGGGAGGACGGGGUGAAGAAGAAAAAGAAGGGCAACUGGCGAAACAGAUUUGGACCUUGCUUCACCACCGAUGUGAAGCCUUUGGAGUCGGCUCCCUCCCUGACUCUCCCCGCCUCCUCCACGGUCAACACCGCCUCCUCCUCCUCCACCGUCUCCCCUUCCUCCUCCACGUCCUCGACGCUCUCAGGCCGGCCCGGCUUGGUUUCCAGCAGUGGAUUAGGGAUGGGGGUGGGGGGAGCGGGAGGAGGAGAGAGGGGGCUGGGGGUCAUGGGUGUCAGCGGUGUCAGCGGUGGGAUUCAGAAGUCCCCGGCACUCCUCAGGAAUGGGAGUCUGCAGAACAGCGGCUCCGCGAUCUCUGGGCCAGGUGUUUUCUCUUGUGCUGAUGGGCCAUCACCAGGGACAGGAGCUGUCGCCGUGGGCGGAGCAAGCUCUGAGUUGUCUCAGCAGCAGCAGCAGCAGCCCACAUCUUCUCUCGCCCCUCCCUCUCCGUUCACAGCCACCGCGCCGCUCACCAGCACGGCCUCCACACACGUGAGCGGUCUGCCGGGGUCGGUCUUCAACCUCGCUCCCUCCCACAUGUUCGGGAACCGGCUCAACCCAAACUCAGCCAUGGCCGCUCUCAUCGCCCAGUCUGAGGGCUCACCAGCAGAUCAGGAGGUGGGUGACGGCAGCAGCAGCGGCGGCGUCGGAGCUCAAGGCUUCUCCAUAAGAGCUUCUCCAAAGACCACCCCGCGCUCUCCCAUUGGUGGCCUGCAGAUCCGCUAUGACUCCUCGGGGUCGUUGCCGGGGCCAGGGUUGCUAGGGGCGGGGGGAGGCGGCGGCGGAGACACGCUGCCCCCGGUGGCCACCAGCAUAGAGCAGCUCCUGGAGAGGCAGUGGAACGAAGGGCAGACCUUCCUGAUGCAGCAGCAGGGAGCGCAAGGGGACGUUGUGGGCAUGUUGAAGUCUCUGCACCAGCUGCAGGAGGAGAACCGACGUCUGGAGGAGCAGAUCAAAAGUCUGACCAUGAAGAAAGAGAGGCUGCAGCUUCUCAGCGCUCAGCUAUCCGUGCCUUUCACCCCAUCCACGGCCUCCUCUGAUGUGAAAGGGAGUCAUCUCGGAGCUGCUGACUCAUCUUUACCUGCUGCAGCUCAGGACAGCACGUCAUGCGGCGGCCACAGCAGCAGCGGCUCCACCUCCUCCCUCUCCACGCCCCCCUCUGUCUCCCAGAGCCCUCCCCAGCUGAACGGCGUCCCAGGUGUGGGAUCAGGCGGGGUGGCAGGUCUGAUGGGCGCUCUAGGUGCGGGGAGCGCGAUGGGCAUGGGGGGAAUCGUCGGGGCAUUGAACGGGGUGAUCCAGACGCCGGGGGGAACCGCCAGCCCCCACACACACACUACAGCAGCAGGUGUUACGAUACCUGUUAAUAACAGACUUGGCCUGCUGUCAGAGCAGCAAAGACUCCUGCAGCAUCACCAGCUCCAGCAGCUGCUCGCCUCCCAGCCUGUGGAGCAGCAACGCGUGUUGCUCUACCAGCUCAUGCAGCAGCAGCAGGACCUCCAGCAGCUGCAGUCCCUCUCCUCCUCCACCCAGAUCUCCUCCAUGCCGCUCUCGUCCGUUCAGCUUCCCAUCAACAACCUGCUGCCCGCCACUCAGACCCAGGGCCAAGGUGCCAUCACCACCAACCCUUUCCUGGCGCUGCAGCACGCACACGCCGACACGCACGCCUCGGGGGCGCAGAAGCCACGGCUCGCUGAGAAGGCCGUGGGCGUGGCGGGGCAGGAGAAGACAUGACGGCAGAUGCUUUCUUGUUUUUUGUUUUAAUUUGCUUCGUUUUUUUAUUUUCCUGAAAAUAAAUAUGCAGAGUUUUAGCGGGGAUCAGACUGUCGCUCAGCUUUGUAGUUCAGAAACACUGACAGCAGAGAAAUCUGUUUUUCUAUUCAGUCUCUUGCAGCAGCUGACUGGAUGCAUUUGUUGACCUGUUGGUUUAUUUUUGAGUCUUUUUCAGGUUUCAUCUUAACACAGCAUUUUGGGUUAAUUGUACUAUUUAUUUCCAUCCAAUCUUUAGUUUUUUUAUAGUUCUAGUGCUGCUUCAGGUUCUUAUUUUUCUACUGUUAACAUGAUGAUUUUCAUUUAAUGUCAUUGCUGGUAGCAUCUUAGUGUUUGUGUCAGUAAAGAAGCACACGUGUCCAUUCAAUGUUUUCUAAUGUCAUCAUCAUUUCCUCUCUCUGUGUCAUGUUUUCGUCAUCUGUUACCAUCUUCCACACUCAUCCCUCUCGGUCUGGUCUCUCUGCUGUCUCACUCUCUCAGGGGCCUCAGCUAUCAGCACUCAAGCUAGCACACACACAAACACACACACACGCACACACACAAAACUACAAACCUUUAAAAAAAAUGUCAGAAAUACAUGAAUAUAAAACAAGAAACUACUUUUGCCACCGCAGGACUGAGCAGGAGCAGAUGUAUGUUUGACAUCUGUCUCGCAGCAGUCCCGAGGGGAAUGUCGGGUGAGAGGCUUGUGAAAAGUAUCCCCCAUGUUGUCGCCUCUUCAUGUGUCUUUUUCACUCCGUUUGUGUCGAUCCUUUAAUGUCAGUGAGCCAAGACUGGAUCACACGGUCACCGCGGAAGCCUUGCUUUUGACUGUCUCUUCUCUGGGCCAGAAACAGGGGGCUCACUCAGGGAAGUGAUGAGUUAAAAAAAGAGUUUGUUGAAUGUUCAGAUGGAUGUAUUUAUCCACAAGUCACAAAGAGAUAUUAUACAGCUGGUUGAAGAGGUAACGUUUUAUCUUCCUGAUUGAGCCCCCUGCUGCACCUACCUCUCAAGCAGGACCAGCCUAUCAGGACCUAAAAGGCCGACAGCAGCGGCCAAUGAAAACACACAAAAAUCACAGUCAGGACUGGCCAAUCAGGGUAAAAAACCCAAGUGCCUGAGGCCAAGGAGGGGGGAGGCGGGGCUUGUUCUCCCUUUACCUGCGCCCCCGUCACUCACAACUCUACUGAAAAUUAAGCUGCAUCGUCUCUUUAACGGAACAAGGAAAACUAAUUCUGCUGCGUCUCUAAUAUCUCAGCCAACUUUGUAUUGUGCUUUUUAUUUAUUGGGAGUUUUUGUGUAUCAGGCGUAAGAUGAUAUAUUUUAAGAGCCUGCUGGUGUUGCGAGAUAACAUCAUUUUGUACUACUGUGUAAAGUUUUGUUCGUCUUUUUUUCCUCAUACAGUCAAAUCUUGCUGUAAACCCUUUUAAUGAUCUGUGUUGUGUUUAGAAAGCUACUUCAUGAUUGGUUGAUUGGGGGAGGGGGUGUGGCUGUACAUAGCUAUUUGUAGGGGGGAGGAAGUGUGACGGAGGGGUUCGGUGGCACAGUUUUUACCUCGUUAAGUGUACAUAAACCUUUGUCAUUGGCCGUUGGUGUACAUAAAUGAUUGUGAUUGGCCGUGCUGGUGUGAAGGAAAGCCAAUGAAGCCUCAGUUUGUGUGUGUGAAUCUUUAGGACCAGACAGAAAAAAAAAGUUGACAGUGACUGGACACACAAAGUAUUAAUUUAUUUUUAUAUGUUCAGGGACAUUGUGUUUCUUUUUUUAAGUUUUGCACCGUUUUUCUUGAUGAGAAGUCAUUUUAUACUUGGGGCACCGUGUUUUCAUCCGUGCACACCUUUGUUUGGAUCGAUUUUGUACAAAUGGAAAGUAAUGGGAGGAGGAAAUUUGACAUUGUAUUUCAAAAAACACCAAAAUAAAGAAACACUAUGGAUAAAGUA